CCAUGAAAUUAAUGAGUGACCAUUGUGGCAAUGAGUCAAGAGUCAGUAGAGAGAUGAUUACAGUUCAGCCUGGGCUGGAGCAAGACCCUACCUUGAGAAAUAAAACAAAAAAUAGUCUGCCAUCAGUUUCCUUGUUGUUCCUUUACUUGCUCAAGAUAUGUAAAUAAAAGCAUCAUAAAAUACACACUAAAAAAUCCAGAAUUAUCUCAUUGGGAAAUCAGUGACAGACUUGAAAACCAUGGGCAUGAGGAGACCAACUCCAGAGGUAUUUAGAAGUCAAAGGCAAAUUGGAGAAGCACCAAGGAAGUCAGAAGGACUAUUUCAAACAAGGAAUAAUUGCAUAUGAUAAAAUGUCCAUUUUGAGCCAGCAUAUGCACUUUUCCCAACAUCUGAGAUGCCAUUCUAUAGAGAAGCCCUAUAAAUGUAAGGAAUGUGGGAAAGCCUUCAGGAGAGCCUCUCACUUAACCCAGCAUCAGAGUACUCACACUGGUGAGAAACCCUAUGAGUGUAAACAGUGUGGGAAAGCCUUCAGUCGUGAUUCUCAGCUAAGUCUUCAUCAGAGACUUCAUACUGGUGAGAAACCUUAUGCAUGCAAGGAAUGUGGGAAGGCAUUUACUCAAAGCUCCCAACUCAUUUUACAUCAUAGAAUCCAUACUGGUGAAAAACCCUAUAAAUGUGAAGACUGUGGGAAAGCCUUUAUCCGAAGUUCACAACUUAGCAGACAUCAAAAAGUCCAUACUGGCGAGAAACCUUACAAAUGUAAAGAAUGUGGGAAGGCUUUUACUCAGAACUCACAACUUAAUCUACACCAGAGACUUCAUACUGGACAGAAUCUCUAUGAAUGCAAAGAAUGUAGGAAAGUCUUUACACAGCUUUCACAACUUAUUUUACAUAGGAGAAUUCAUACUGGUGAGAAACCCUAUGAAUGCAAGGAAUGUGGGAAGGCUUUUAUUUGUGGUUCACAGCUUUCCCAGCAUCAGAAGAUUCAUAAUGGGGAAAAGCCAUAUGAAUGUAAGGAAUGUGGAAAGUCCUUUAUUCGAGGCUCACUACUUAUGCAACAUCAAAGGAUUCAUACUGGUGAAAAACCCUACAAAUGUGAAGAAUGUGGGAAGGCCUUUAUCCGUGGUUCCCAACUUACUCAACAUCAAAGAAUUCAUACUAAUGAAAAGCCUUAUGAAUGUAAAGAGUGUGGGAAAACAUUCAGUCAUGGCUCACAACUUACUCAACACCAGAGAAUUCAUACUGGUGAGAAACCCUAUCAUUGUAAUGAAUGUGGAAAGGCCUUUAAUCGUGGCUCACUCCUUACUCGACAUCAGAGGAUUCACACUGGUGAGAAACCCUAUGAAUGUAAAGAGUGUGGAAAAAAUUUUAGUCGGGGCUCAGAACUUACUCAACAUGAGAGAAUCCACACUGGUGAAAAACCCUAUGAAUGUAAGGAAUGUGGAAAAUCUUUUAUUCGUGGCUCACAGCUUACUCAGCAUCAAAGAAUCCAUACUGGUGAGAAACCUUAUGAAUGUAAAGAAUGCAGAAUGGCCUUUACUCAGAGUUCACAUCUUUCUCAACAUCAGAGACUUCACACUGGUGAGAAACCCUAUGUUUGUAAUCAAUGUGGGAAAGCCUUUGCUCGUGGCUUACUGCUUCUACAGCAUCAGAGAAUUCAUACUGGUGAGAAACCAUAUCAUUGUAAGGAAUGUGGGAAGGCCUUUAUUCGUAGUUCACAGCUUACACAACAUCAGCGAAUUCACACUGGAGAGAAGCCCUAUGAAUGCAAGGAAUGUGGGAAGGCCUUUGGUCAUGGCUCUCAACUUACUCUACAUCAGAGAAUCCAUACUGGUGAGAAGCCCUAUGAAUGCAAAGAAUGUAGAAAGGCUUUUACUCAGAGCUCACACCUUUCUAGACAUCAGCGAAUUCAUACUGGUGAAAAACCUUAUCAGUGUAAGGAAUGUGAGAAAGCAUUUACUCGUGGUUCACAACUAACACAACAUCAGAGAAUUCAUGUCAGUGAGAAAUCUUUUGUCUAUAAGGAAUGUUGAAUAGACAAUCAUAAUUCACAGAUUUUUUAUAUGAAUUAUCGAUAAAAUAAAAAGCUUUCUGUAGUCAUCUAUCAUCAAGAAGUGUUACAGAUGUGAAUAUGGGGCACAUUUGUCUCAUAAGGUCCAGCACCAGUGAAUUUACAUGGGAGAAUAGAAACAUUAAUUCAUAUGGGAAACCUUUCAUUACAAGAAUCCUACUAAACUUCAACAAGUUGAAGAAGAAAAUUAUUGUUAACACAAUAAAUAUAGAAAGGCCUUUGCAGUAGAAAAUGUCUCUGUCAACAGUAUGAUUAUACCAGAAUGCUUCCUUUGUGACAUUUAUCCUAAGUAUCCCGUCCUUUGGCUUAAUCAUUUGUAAGAUAGCCUUAUGAGUAAUGGCUUUUCUCGUAGGAGUUUUGGAAAUGUUAUGUUAUUACACAUAAAAGCACUUAGAACAGUGCUGUGAACAUAGCAUAUCAUAAAUAUUAUGUACUAUUCAUUGUUAUUUUAAAGGAUUUGUAUGAAAGGUGAGUACUUAUGAAUACAGUUGAUGACAAGAAAUCUUCCACUAACAUUUGUCCCAGGUUAUUCAGUUGGUAGGGUACUGUACUAUCAUGAAUGUGAGAAAGCUUUUAUUCAAAUAUCAUCUGAAUUUUUAAAAGGAAAUAUGUGCUAUAGAAACCCUGUCAUAUUAAGCAUUGGCAUAUUGAACACCACUGACAGAAUAUAGGAGAGGUGUAAGGUGUCACAAAGCCCCAAAAUUUACAUGUUCUACCAUCUCUGACCUCAAAAAUAGUAUUUAGAAAUGAUGGACAAAAUUGCCAAAAUAAAUGUCAGAAAUGUU